CAUAGCAAUGGAUUCCCAGACACGCCAGAACUAUCACCCAGAUUGUGAGUUUGCUGUGAACCAGAUGGUGAACAUGGAGUUACAUGCCAGUUUGGUCUAUCUGUCCAUGGCCUACUACUUCCAGCGUGAUGACGUAGCCCUCAAGCACAUGGCCACCUUCCUGGAAGAGGAGUCUUUCAAGAAGAGAGAAAACGCAGAGAAGCUCUUGAAGCAUCAAAACAAGAGAGGGGGACACAUCCUCCUUCAUGACAUCAAGAAGCCAGAGCAAGAUGAAUGGGGGACUAGCCUGGGGGCACUUCAGAGUGCCUUGAAGCUGGAGAAGAACAUCAACCAAGCUCUCUUGGACCUGCACUGUUUGGCCAUAAAGGAGGGGGACCCACAGCUGUGUGACUUCCUCAAGUCUCAUUUUUUGAUGGAUCAAGUGCAGGCUAUCAAGCAGCUGGGGGACCACCUCUCCAACCUGAAGCGCCUGAGAGUGCCCCAUGACGGCAUGGGAGAACAUCUCUUUGACAAACUCACCCUUGGGGACAGCUGAUGACGUAUUGUUGCAGUAAAGUGGCUUCCAGUUGAACCUGCAGAGGGAGAGGGUGUGUACAAGUGCAUGUGUUUUUAGUCCAAAGAGCAUGUUAAGAAUUGCAUCUGUUGCAUCAUAAGCAUUGACGGGAGAUCUGGCCCACCAAAACAUAAGCCAAGAUCACACAUGAGGUCCUUAAGGUAUGCAAGGCUCUAGUGUGGUUUUAGCUGCAACUGGGUAGGGCCACACUGCAAAAUUUUCUUGCCUUCACGGGGUUUGCUCAUCCUUUUCAGGCCACCACUACUGUUAGCCAGGUCCAAGCCAAAGCCUUGCCUCUCCACUGGCUCAGCUUGGUGUAGUGGUUAAGUGCAUGGACUCUUAUCCAGGAGAACCGGGUUUGAUCCCCCACUCUUCCACUCGCAGCUGCUGGAAUGGCCUCGGGUCAGCCAUAGGUCUUGUAGUAGUUGUCCUUGAAAAGGCAGCUGCUGUGAGAAGUCUCUCAGCCCCACCUACCUCACAGGGAGUCUGUUGUGUGUGUGGGGGGGAGGUAAAGGAGAUUGUGACUGCUCUGAGACGAAGAUUCAGAGUACAGGGCAGGAUAUAAAUCCAAUAUCAUCUUCUUCUUCUUCUGCUCCCCAUCCCUGAGGUCUGCGGGAGUUGCUGGCUCUUGGGGGACCCCUCUUCUUCUUUCAGUUUCUACUUUUCUUCUGCUGCUUCUUUGGGUGUUGGGCUGUGUCUGAAGGGCUACACUCAACCUUUCUGGGUGCCUUGUGGCUUUCUGGGCUCUGCUACUGUUUGGUCCAGAAUGGUUGAACUUGCAAAACAAGGCUCUUUGAGCUGAUGCCCUUCGCAAACCAAGCUUUUCCAAGGGGCAUGCCACUUUUUUGGAGGGGGGGGGAGGCCCCCCGUGUGCAUAUGCCUGUAAGCCCAGAAGUGCUGCCUCUCAGUUUUUGCAUUGGCUUGAUAUUCUGCCCUCAUCAAACGAUGUUCUUGUGUGUGUGUGUGUGUGAAUUUACAGCAGUAAUAUUUCUGCAUUCCCCACUAAGAUUUCAGCUCUGUCGGGGCAGAGAGCUGUUAUAGCCAUCUGCAUAAUUGGUCUAUGGGAAAACCCCUUCACUAUUAGAAAAUACAAGUGGGGACCCCGAAUAAAAUGUUGCAUAAUGCGUUGUAGUUUGUUUUAAGUUGUAAUUGCAAUUUUUUGAAGCAGCAGUGUAGGAUUCAUAGUUACUAAACGUAUAUAUACUCCUUGUGAUGAGAUCCUCUCAAUACAAUACACAGAGUGUAUGCAAAGUUUUAAUCCUUUUGUUUCCUUGUUGGUUUUAUGUGUUUAUGUAUGUGUCACAGUUCUUUUUAUUUCUGUAUUCAUCUGUUGUUCGUAAUAUUUGUUGUUGCUUUUAAAGUGUUUCUUUGAAUAUCACAUUAGAUGUAAAUGUUCCUUCUUCAUUUCUAAAAUAUCCUUGGAGUGCUGCAAACUGAUUUGUUAGCUUUUUUAAAUUUUCUCAUUUUGGCAGGAUGUCCUCUUUUGUGAGGGACUUCUGGUAUUGUUCUGUAUGGUACUGAUGAGGGAUUGUUGUUUUCUGACAAAAAAAGGCAGAGAUUCUUUCAGUUUUUCCAAGUGGUGCCCUCUUAAGGGAGGUAAAGUCCAGCAGUGGCUGCACAUUUAGAAAAUGAAACAAAAAUCAGCUGUGCCAGAAAGAACAGAAACCAAGUCUUUGGAAAUUAACAAAUUUAUCAAAAGUUCUCAAAUCAUGCAAUAAAAAUCAAUUACAAAGGAAAUCCCACAAACAUACAGUCCACAAAAA